GUACGACAUCCAAUUAAUCUACUUCCGUAAUUCCAGCUGUCAACUUGCGAUACCACCAUUGCCUGCCACUCAUCUACAGCAGUCAAUCUUCGCUUCAACAGAGUCCUCAAUUCAUUGUUUGUUUAGUGCUGCGGGAGUAUUGAUUGUUGAACAAGUCAAUUCAUUCAGACAACUCCCAAACAGCUUCAUUUUGCGACCGGUCGCACUGCUACUUAGCUCAACCCCCCCUGGACUGUCCAUUCCAACGCUAGCGUUCAUUUCAGAUACUUCGCGUACAAGAAUACUCCACUACAUCAACAUGAUUUCCGACGACGAUCUCUACCGUCUGGCCAUCUUCCUUGGAUCGUGCGCUAUGAUGAUGAUAGUACUCUACCAUUUCCUCGAAGUCAAUGCGAAGGACGAUACCGUUGAAGGAGAAGUCCCCGGUGUCAAGAAGUCGGUCGAAGGUUCUACUACUGCCGGUGUAACGCCGGCACCGGCUGCCGCGGCCGCGGCCGCGGGGGGCACAUCAGCAAUUGGAGGUGGGAAGGACCGGUAGCUAUUGUAUACUUGGGGAUCACGUUUCAGCAUGAAGGAGGUUUGGUUUGUACGGAGGUGACUCUGAGAGUCGGGCAGGAUUGUCUGUAGAAUACCCAUGCAAGCAUUGCAGUCACAAUGAAUGUCCUCUUAA